AUUAAUUAAUCAACCUCAAGUCAAGCUGAGAUGAAAGCGAAAUCAAACAGAUGACAAAUUUAGUAGUUACUUACUGUAAUUCACUCUGAAAACUCUGCUUUCCUAAAUAAAUAGAUUCCUUUGCUACACUCCAAACAAAUCAGCAUGAGCUACAUGACCAAAUUCAUUUAAGUUCCAUUAAUUUGCUAGCGUCUCUCUCUGAUCAAGACCAAAACUCAAAUCUUUGAACAUCCUCUCUAGUUCAGCUUUUCAUUGGAAGGAAAACAAGACAUUUACAUGAAAGGUGCCAAUUUGCCCAACAUGUCAGAAGCUAGUUCUUAUUCCAUUGAUAUUGCAAAGAUGAGAAAUGCUCUUUUAUCAUCAGUUUCUUCUAGGUUUAACUGCUAUGGAAAUGAUGAAGCUCAGUUUGAAAUUUUAGAAGGCUCCAUGCAUAUGAACGAUCUAAUUGACUUCCAUAUCAAUGGCUUCAACAUGGAGUCUAGAAUAUUCAACAAUUACAGCCAAUUAGGUCAAGGAGUCCAUACACAGCCAAGCCAGUCUCAGUCUCUGAUUUAUGACUACAAUCAUUACCCAGGUAGUCUCUUUGCCAUCCCAAGCAGCAAAGAAAUUUCUCAGCAAUCAUUGUUACUUGACAAAGACCCUUCUCAGUAUGAAGGAGUAUGUGGAAAUGCAAGAAAGCGUCCAUUUGAGUACACUGACAACAUGUCCUUGUGGAAAAAAGUGAAAAGCAAUUCCAAAAGCAAAAUUACAAUCAUGGAACCGAAAUGGCAUCAAGCAAAAGAAGUUUCAGAGAUAAUCCCUCCGCACAAAGUAACUAAAAUUAAAAAGGUUAUAAUUCUUUUGUGGCUUAUUAAUGUUAUUCUUGAGAUAUCAAUGAAACUUGUGUAA